ACCACACUUUAUUGUUAAUAUGUCCGUGUUUAUUCAUACCAAGGCCGGAAACAAGAACUAUUUCAGUAAUCUUAACGCAGGAAGAUUGUUCUCCUGUGAGACACGGAAGAUACUGUGAGCGCACUUAACUAGUGGAUUAUACAGAUUUUUGCUUGGAGGCUUUUAAAUAUUUUGUUUCUGUUUGCUCAGUAUUUCAUGCAAUAUACAUCUAGUGGGAAAUGUAAACAUUAAGUUAGUCAGAGUCCUUUGUUACAAGAUUCUGUGAUUUUCGCUUUUGCUGAAAUCGAUGAACAAUCUUUGUUUAUUGAUUACUAGAAGUAAAAUAAUCCGUGAAAGGAGUGAAAAGGAGUGAAUCUUCGGUGAAUAUGCAUUAUAUUUUGUGAGUGAUUGACAUUUUACAUCGAUACUUAAGCAGGGACCUACUCUAUCAAUACUUUAAUUUGAUUGGACGGCAUCCUAGUCAAAACUGUAGUCUUGGAUACGCGAGAAUCUAUAUUAACAUAUCUAUAAUUGCGUCGAGCUGUGGAUAAAAUACAUUUGAAAUGUGAAUGUUUUCUGCUCGUUGCAGCAGCAUCUAUGUGACAUCCAGGAAAACGAUUUUUUUAAAGUUCAGAUUUUAAAAACAAAAUCAAGGAAGCAAUAAAUGGACUUUGUAUCCUGUGAAUAAAAUAUAUAUUUCCCUGUUUGAAGUUUCUAAGGUGAACAGUGAAGCAAGGGAUGAAAAAUUAUUGAAUGAUUUUUUAACGAUAACUUGUGUUGGUAAAAUCAAUGUAUAAGUUUUAAAUCAUUCUAUUGGCCUUUCGUGUAUAUUCUUACACAGAGAUUGUGACCAAACCGGUUGAGCUCUAAGCAGAAUUGAUUUCCAUUGAUUCAAUGAAGAAGUAGUGUCCGUCUUUACUUAUAUACAUCAUGUCUGAUUCGACAGAGUCCUUCCCGGAUAUUCUGGAACUAAAUGUUGGUGGAGUGUUUUAUACCACAUCGUUGGCCACCGUCAAAAGAGAGGGUGACUCUCUUCUGGGGCAGAUAUUCAAUGGAAGUUCCAAGGUCAAGGUAGUGAAGGAUGCAAAAGGUAAAUACUUCAUAGACAGGGACGGGGUUCUAUUUAGAUAUGUUCUUGAUUAUCUCAGAAACCAGAAAAUUGUUCUGCCGGAAAAUUUCCAUGAAAAAGAAAGACUUAAACAAGAGGCAGAAUACUAUCAGCUCCCCAAUUUAGUGAAGAUGGUUAACUCGGCCAUCGUCUCCCCACCAAAACUGGGACAACUGCAACACAAUAAGGUUCCACCCAUCUCUAAAAGCAAUUCCCUCUCGCCCGUCAGUAUGGAAGGGAAAACUCCCGGUUUUAUAACGGUGGGAUACAGGGGAACGUUUGCUUUUGGUCGAGAUGGAUUAGCAGACGUAAAAUUCCGUAAAAUGAAUAGGAUCAUUAUUUGUGGAAAGGUUUCCAUAUGCCGCGAAGUAUUUAAGGAUACUUUAAACGAAAGUCGAGAUCCUGACCGAGGUGAAUCGGAUAGAUACACUGUCCGCUUCUUUUUGAAGCAUAAUUUUUUGGAGCAAGCCUUUGACAUGUUGGCUGAAGAGGGAUUCCGACUGGUGGGAUCCUGUGGCUCUGGUACUAACAACGCAGGGGAAGUCAAGGCAGGGAUGGACACGGAAGAGGCCAGGUGGCAACACUACAAUGAGUUUAUGUUUGAGAGAAGGUAGAAUUUGUGAUGAAAUACAUCUUUGUUAUGAGGUUUCAUCGAAAACUUUGUCAAUUUAUUGUGAUUUAAAUUCCACAUGGAACCUGAACUUUUUGUGCAAAUGGAGUAAUCGUGUGCUGUGUAUUAAAUACUGAAACUUCAUUGAACAUUGUGAAAGUAUAGAUACCUAUUGUUGAAAUAAUGUUAUCUCUUGGAUCUACUGUUAUUCAAUGAAUAGCAUCUGCUACUUGUGGUAGAUUCAUCAUAAUCAGACAGAAGCAUUCACUGUCUCUUAAUUAAAACGUCAAUGUGUUAGAUUUAUCUCGACAAGCCUGACCUUUUUUGUCGAUUAUAUAAAAAUCAUUGUACAUAACCAGAUCUUAUAUUCAAUAAUACAUCAAGAGUUGUCAAAUUGUUUUAUGCACAAAAUUGUAUGGGGGACAUAGAUCGUAUUGGAAAAUAAAGUACCUUAAUAUGUAAA